CAGUCUGCCUCUUAUCCUCAACCCCUCUGAACCCCCUCCACUCCUCUCCUCUUCCAGCUCUCCCCUCCUCUCUCUAUUUCUCUCUCAAAAUGUCUGCUGCAUCUGCUUUCACCUUCAUGCCCCUCUUAAUGGCAGAAACAUGCCUCUGUUCACUCCCUUCGACUUUCACUUCGAAACCCCCACUUAAAUCUCUCCCUAUCUCACAAAGACCCAGCAAGCUCCAACUCUCAUACUCCCACUCUUUAUCACCUUUCUCUCUAAAACCCAAAACCCAUCUCUCCUUAACAAUCCCGUUUGUAACUCAGACCUCGGAUUGGGCUCAACAAGAAGAAGAAGACAACACCACUAUCACUUUAACUGAAUCGGAGCAAGAAGAACAAGGAGAAUCCAAUUGGGUAAAUGAAGAAAGUAAUGAUUUUGAAGGUAAAGUAUCUGAAUGGGAGGCUGAAGGAGAGGAUGCAGCUGCUACCGAAGCUAUUAGAGGUGAAGGAGAGAGUGGUGACGAGGAGGGAUUUGUAGAGCCACCAGAGGAAGCUAAGAUUUUUGUAGGGAACUUGCCAUAUGAUGUUGACAGUGAGAAGUUGGCUAUGUUGUUUGAACAAGCUGGAACUGUUGAGAUUGCUGAGGUUAUUUACAACAGGGAAACUGAUACAAGUCGUGGGUUUGGGUUUGUGACGAUGAGUACUGUUGAAGAAUCCGAAAAGGCUGUGGAAAUGCUUCAUCGUUAUGAUUUAGAUGGAAGGUUUCUGACUGUAAAUAAGGCUGCUCCUAGAGGAUCAAGGCCUGAGCGCCCUCCUCGUGUGUCUGAACCUGGUUAUAGAAUCUAUGUGGGCAACCUACCAUGGGAUGUGGAUAGUGGUCGCCUGGAGCAAAUUUUUAGCGAGCAUGGUAAAGUAGUGAGUGCUCGGGUGGUUUUUGACAGGGAGACAAACCGUUCACGUGGUUUUGGCUUUGUAACUAUGUCCACGGAGAGCGAGUUGAAUGAUGCCAUAGCUGCACUUGAUGGACAGAAUCUGGAUGGGAGACCAAUCAGGGUAAAUGUUGCUGAAGAAAGACCAAGGCGCGCCUUUUGAAGUUAUAUGAAUUAAAUAGAUGUCUGCCCCCUUUCUCUGUUUUUUCUUCAGUUUUGUGGUAUUAAUUUUUUUAGCCAGUUGCAUGGGAAGCUCAUUAGGAGUUUUGUACUUGAACUGUCUUAACGUGUUCCUUAAAAAUUGUUGCGCAAAUUCGAGUACAUUGGGCUCUAUGAGAUAAUAUUUAAUUUGUUGGCACA